AACCCGGUGUGACGUACGUAGGGUAUUUAUAGCGUCGCUACUGUCUCCCCAAACAAAUGGAAACUUGCAUGUGAGUGUAUUUCUUCUUGACGUAAGCAUCUAGGACAGUGUCGAGAGUUUAGUUCCGGGAGUCGCCUAUCCCUGUGAUAAGCAGGGGUUGAUUGACAGAUAUGAACACGUUUGAGACGGUUUGCGAUUGUUGAAUGAGAGCUGCGUGGUUCAGAAUACAAGGAAAUGUGAACUCUACGAUAAGUCCCCACAGCGAGGGAGUUGAGGUAGCCCAGUGGUUGAAGCGCUAGCUCUUCACGCCGAUGAUCCGGGUUCGAUUCCCACAGGAACAAUAUGAAAAGUCCUUCCUCGGUGUCGGCACCAUGAUAUGGCUGUAAUAUUACUUAAACGGCGUAAAACAAUACUCACGCAUUGUAUGUUUUUGUCUAAUUAGAAACUGUACUUAAGGAAUAUCCCUGUCAAAUAAUCGCGUAGUAAGAAAUAUUUUGUUUCAAACUGGACCGGUUGUUUCGGGCAAAUGAUCAAUUCCUCCAAUCUUAAAUAAAACUAUUGCCACUGUCUCAAAAUUACACUUUCAUUUCCUCCACUGUGGAUAAUAAGCCUAAGCCCGCUUCAGCAACACGAGCCCAAAGCCAAUCUACAUCUUUUAGUUGCCUAGCAACGAGAUAAAUGAUGACAGGGAGUACACAUUUUUUUAACCGUAAUCAACUGAACUGUUACCUGACAACUGUGAACAUUUAGCAGUCGUAAUCCUGGCAUGGUGGUGUUCUACAUCCGUCUUGUCCCCGGACGGAAGCUUCACUUCGUGAAACCGCAGCAGGAAACCAGCGAAACAAACCACCUCAAGUGCGGAGAGCUAUUUGUUAACACGCUGACACGCCUGAUUAGUCCCUGACCUUGGACGAAAUUACCGGAAGUCGCGCCCACGUGACCCAACGAUCGUGAAAUCGACCCAGUGACAGACGAUUCGAGAGGGAAUGAGAAGACAAAUACAAUGACGUGGAUGGAUUACCUCCCUUGAAUACACAUCGCGAUCUGCAGGCUAAUACAACUAAUCUCAUAUUCAGAGGACCUAUUCGCUAUAACCACAAGCGAUGAUUGGAGACAGUUUAAAUGUCACCCCAAAGACAACUGUAAUUCCUCAAGGAAAUGGAACUUCGUUCCCCGGAUUAUUCGAUUACGACACAAGCACUAGUUUCCAGGCAACGGCCAAUCACAGCCAACUAUUGCACCUGGUUAAUGACGAAAUUGCGACAACACUUAUCCCCGCGAUGGUGUGCAUUGGAGUAUUAAUGAUAUCAGGAUUUAUUGGAAAUAUUCUCGUGUGUUACGUUUUCUCAACAAAACUCAAACACAGCACUCAGAAUUUUCUUUUUGUGAUCUUGGCGAUUUUUGAUCUUAUGAGUUGCUGCGUUGCCAUGCCAACGGAGAUUGCUGACAUGCGCUUUUACUUCACCUUUGAUUCUGUUAUUGCUUGCAAGAUCUUGAGAUUUUUAGUAGCUUUCCCAACUCUGGCGUCCAAUAUAGUCCUGUUGAUCAUCGCAAUUGACAGAUACAGAAAAGUAUGUCGGCCCUUGUAUCAACAGAUUACACGUGCAAUUUCCAAGAAGGCCGUUCUCCUAGCUGCAUUUGUUGCCAUAUUGUAUGCCAUACCUGCCCUAUUUAUUUACGGUAAACGUUCAGCCGUAACGAGAAUCCCCGGCGUGGUUGGAAACGACUGUUCAACCAGUGACGCCAUGGAAGGGAAACUCUACCCCAUGAUUUACGAGAUUACUCUGAGUGCAUCUUUCGUGAUAUUUACUGUGACGCUCCUGAUACUGUAUAUUCUGAUAUGGAGAGAAAUUAAGAGACACAAGGAGUACAUGAAAAAGAAUGCCAACUACAAUUACGCCAUGGUGCUGUUGAUGGCGAGAGACAGAUCCGGGGAGAGUUCGUCGUCGACCCCUGGAACGCCUCGUUCUCGAUCUCAGUCACAUGACAUGUCUAAUGUCACGACCUCUCACCGACCUCUUGCUUACAGGGGUCAAAGGACAACAGUCAUUGCAUUUCUUGUGACGUUUGUUUUUAUACUGAGUUUCGUGCCGCAUCUAUGUCUUAUCAUUGCACGCACUGUCUUGAAGGAUUUUGAUCAUCAUCUAAAUGGUCCCAAGCUUGUGUUGUAUAAUUUAUUUAUUCGGUCGUAUUUUGUGAACUCAGUGGCAAAUCCAAUUAUUUAUGGAGCUAUGAAUUACCAAUUUAGACGUGAAUGUGUCAAAGCGGUCAAACGAUUUUGCUUUUGUACUGUGAAGUCGAAAUAAAUAUUUUUUGUUUGCUUUAA